AAUGACAUUGCCCCCUAGAUCAUCACGCUAGCUACGGUUGACUGAACCUCUCCAUAUAUACAACAGUAACUGCAUCUUUUGCACCCAUAUCUCAUCGCUCUCAACUACACCUCUCUGAAUCUGGAAGCCAGUUAGGGGCACUGCAUCAUCUUCAGCACGUUGAUUACUUCCCAGCAUCUUCCAGAUAUCACUUCUGGAAUAAGCAAUGUCUAUAAGUCUUAGUGUCAUAAAGGAGAUUACAAAGGGUUUCUCUGAUGAGCUGAAGAUUGGAAGCGGUUGCUCUGGAAAAGUUUACAAGGCUGUUCAUAAUGGGGAAGAGAUUGUUGUGAAAUUGUUUCACGACAAUCUAAGAUUUGAAGACCAGAAAUUUGAAAGUGAAUUUCCUAAUCUUAUGAAGAUCUACCAUCCAAAUAUUGCACGGUUAGUUGGUUAUUGCUCUCACUCAGAGUAUAAUCGUAAGUACCACAAUAGAUAUAGAAUUCUCUGUUCUGAAUUCUUGCAGGGAGGAAGCCUCGACAAGUAUCUCAAAGGUUUUGCUGACCAUGACUGGCAAAUCCAUUACAACAUAAUAAAAGGGAUCUGUGAAGGUUUAAAUUUCCUUCACCGGGGAUUGGAAACUCCCUUCUUUCAUUUAAAUCUAAACCCUUCCAAUAUACUAAUGGACGAGUUCCUAGUGCCAAAAAUUACGGAUUUUGUACUGUCAAAGCUCAUCAGUGAAACAAAUACCUAUAUGACAGAGGCAUGUAAAGGCAAAGCUGAGUACAUGCCACCGGAGUUCUCCUCGCACAGCAACGUCAAUGAGAAGUAUGAUGUUUAUAGUUUAGGCAUUAUAAUCAUACAGAUUAUGGCUGGACAUAGUGGUUACAACGAAUUUCGUGAAAAAGGUGAUGUAAAACAAUUGAUUGACUUGGUAAACUCAAAUUGGAGGAAAGGGUCAAAUGCAACAUCAUCCGAAUGGAAUCAAAUCGAUACAUGCAUAAAAAUGGCAAUAAAAUGUGCGGACCAUGAAAGCAAGAAUAGACCCACUACAGGAGAAAUUAUGCAAAUUCUGAAGAAGAGUGAAAGACGCUGGUUUCCAGUGUACUGGUGGGGCCGUACUGUAUCUUUUAUUGGCAAGGGACAAACUUUUUAUACAGAUCUUGUGCAACAAUUUGGCAGUAUGCAGGGAAACCGUGAAGGUGGUAUGGAGACGGAAUCCUCUCUACAGCACAUGUCGUUACAACAUUUGAAAGACAUCACACAAAACUUCUCUGAUGAGAGAAUACUUGGUAGAGGUGGUUUUGGUGUGGUAUAUAAGGGUAUUAAAAAAGGUACUUUGAACGAGGAAAUAGUUGCAGUGAAGAAACUUGUGCAACCAACCUCGAUCUCAAGCAACCAAUUUGAGAAUGAGGUUAAUUUUCUUAUGAAACUAAAGCAUCCAAAUAUAGUGCGACUACUAGGCUAUUGCUAUGAAAUGCAAAAUGUACGUACACUUCAUGAAGGAAAAUUCAUUUUUGUUUGGAGCACUGAAAGUUUGCUUUGCUUGGAAUGUCUACCUAUGGGAAGUCUUGACAGGUACAUUUCAGAUGCAUCUUCCGGACUCGAUUGGUCCCAGCGCCUCAAAAUAAUUGAGGGGAUUUCCUAUGGUCUACAGUACCUGCACGAGCAAUCCAAUUAUCCUAUUGUUCACUUGGACCUAAAACCCGCGAACAUAUUGCUUGAUGAAAAUAUGCUACCAAAAAUUACAGACUUUGGUCUGUCACGAUUAUUUGAUCAAGGACAAACUAUUCUCACUGCAUCUAUUAGUGGAACGCUAGGUUAUAUGCCGCCAGAAUACCUACGGGGUAUAAUCACACCUAUGUUUGACAUAUUCAGUUUGGGUGUAAUAAUCAUGGAGGUAAUAACUGGACACAGGGAAUACCCAUAUGAUAUCAGAACAUCUUCCGAGUUUGUUGAGCUUGAAGUUCAAAAAUGGAGACACAGGAUGCAACAAGCCCCGUCAUAUACAUCGCUAGAAAUAGAUUGCAAACAAAUAAGAAGAUGCAUUCAAAUAGGUCUAAUAUGUGUGAAUCCCGAGCGAACCAAAAGGCCUGCAGUGAAUAGAAUUAUCAAUAUGCUUCAUGGUUUGGAAAGUAUGAAUUGGUACAUUAGCAACGAGUUAUCAAGCCAUGUCAUCCAGGAUGGAGCCAUAGAUCAGCAAAGGAGAAUGCCACAGCGUCCAGUUUAUCUUCCUCCCUGGCCUUUGGGUCUCCGUUCGUUCGUAUCCCUUGCAGGUCUCCGGUCCUAGCUGUAGCUAAUUAUGUCACAUAUCUGAAAUUGUUUCAGUUCCUAGGGAAAUAUGCAGUGCCAUGGACACGGUUUAGACAAUAGGUGAUAGAUUUCAAAGUCUUUGUGAGCUUUGGUCUAAACAUUAUCAGAAACGUUUCCUACAGCGGGAUGCAAAUCUCAAUGUUCUUGUUUGACUGCUUCAUGUACCUGGUGUUGUACUCCUCACCGAUUGUGCGGGAGAUGACCUCGUUAUGAUCUAAAUGAUAUGUUUCCGGUGAGCUAGAGAC